AUGCCGGUUGAAGAAGAAGUCUUGGCAUUGGGUUUAAAUUUCGCUGUUGUACCACACAAGAUUCCUAAAGAAGAAAUCGUUCAACAUCUGGAACCAAAGUUGAAUCAUCUCAGAGAUGAUAUAGCAUCCAACAUUCGUGUUAAAGUAACUGAGGUCUUGCGACGUACAACUUUACCCAAGUCUAAUCUUUCCAAGGAGCAGAAGGAUGCAGUGAGGAACCUAAGGGCAGAUAAGUCUAUACAUAUUUUAAAGGCUGAUAAGGGUAAUGCUACGGUUUUAUUAAAUCGUGCAGAGUACGAAAGUAAAAUCCAUGCUCUUCUUGAAACUCCAACAUAUAAAGAGCUAAAACGUGAUCCUACAGCCAAUAUUGAACGUAAAGUAUGUUCUAAACUAUCUGAACUUAGGAAAUCAGGUAUUUUGUCUCAAAACCUUCAUGAUUAUUUGAGACCUUCAUGUAGUGUGUGCCCAAAAUUUUAUGGUUUACCCAAAAUACAUAAAUCAGGUGUACCUCUUAGGCCUAUAGUUGCAUCCCAAGGUUCACCGACUUAUAAUUUAGCUAAAUAUCUUGCUAGAAUUUUAAAACCAGUUGUUGGUCAAACUGAACAUCAUGUAGUUAAUUCUAAAGAAUUUGUUAAGAAUAUGCAAGAUGUUAGAUUAGGUAAAAAUGAAAUUCUUGUCAGUUUCGAUGUAGUUAGUUUAUUUACUAAUGUACCAGUAGAUGAGGCGUGUAACAUUGCGAAAGACAGGCUGCUUUCAGAUGAUACCCUCUCUAAAAGGACUAGCCUUUCUCCUGAGAGUAUAUAUGAACUACUGAAAUUGUGCCUGAAUACAACUAGUUUUCAGUGGCGGGAGAAAUACUACGAGCAAACUCAUGGUGCUCCUAUGGGUAGUCCCUUAUCACCAGUUAUGGCUAAUUUAUUCAUGGAAGAAUUUGAAAAGAAAGCUAUAGCUACAGCAUGUUUAAAACCUGGUUUCUGGUUUAGAUAUGUAGAUGACACAUUAAGUAGUUGGUCGCAUGGUUUAGAAAAUUUGAAUAAAUUUUUAGAUCACAUUAAUAGUAUACACCCUUCAAUUAAAUUCACAUUAGAAAUACAGAAAGAUAACUCUAUAUCUUUCUUAGAUAUCUUAUUUGAUGUAAAAGAGAACGGGACUUUGGGCCAUAAA